UAUAAUUUGGGGUUCGACUUAAAGAGUUCAUAUUCAGUUAACUUUCCAAGUCCUAAUCUAUCAAUACUAGCUCAUUCAGCAUAUCUUUUCAAUGCUUAACAUUUCUUAUCGCAACUAAUUAGAAAAUAAAAAUAAUUUAAUAAUUUUGAAUGAUAAUAGAUAGCAAUAGUAAAUGUAAAAGCAAUGAUUCGGAACUAAGAAAAACCUAGAAACAGAACGAAAAACAAAGUUCUUUCGUGAUUAGACGAGGAAUCCAUGAGGAGAAUGAGUGCCGGAAGUAACCGUUAGCCAGGAGAGUUAUUCAAAUUAAACUCCAUUUCAGUGCAACACUUGUGAACUCAUAAUCAAGUGAUAAUGGCUUAACUUUAUCCAGACAGAGACGAGUUUUAAGUACAACAACUUUUUAGAUAACUACAUUGCAGCUUAUUAUGGAUUGGGAGAUCUCGCGAGAUUUUAUCAAGUGUUUUCCAAUUAACAACAACCAAAGUGUGCACUAAGAAUGGGAAGGAAGAUUUUAUCGAAAUAAUUCAUAAAUCAAAGUCGAAGAGUAUAAAUGUUAGAAGAGGUAGAGAAGACGUCAAUUAUUGCAUUUGCCAGCGACUGUUUACAAGCUACAAUGAAGUCAACAUCAAUUAUUUUCCUUUUCCUUUUCAUUCUUCAGUUAUCUCAUCAAACAAUAUCAGAAAAUGUAGAGCCUGAAUUAACAUUAUCUUCAGGAUCAAUAAGAGGUACUUCAGUUGAUUUUAGAGGUGUUAAAGUUUACCAAUUUUUGGGGAUUCCGUUCGCUGAACCUCCAUUGAAUGAAUUACGUUUUCAAAAACCAGUGUCAAAGAAACCAUGGAAUGGAGUGUUGAGUGUGAACAAAUGGGGUUCUGCUUGUAUGCAGCCAGUCUUCCCUGGUUAUAACACGGAGCUUCACCUUAACGAGGAUUGCUUGGUUCUGAAUGUUUUCACGACAGAAGCUGCUUUUCAAGAUAAACAAAAUGGCAAGAAACAUAAGUUACGUCCAGUUAUGGUUUGGAUCCAUGGUGGUAGCUUCAAUUAUGGUUCAGCUAACACUCCAGAUCAACAUGACGGUACACCAAUAACCGGAUUAAAAGAUGUUAUAAUUGUAUCUAUUAAUUACCGUUUGGGUUCUUUGGGUUUCCUUCAAUUACCUGAAGCUGGUGUUCCUGGUAAUAUGGGUCUUUGGGAUCAGCAAUUAGCUUUAAAAUGGGUUAAAGAUAAUAUUGAACAUUUUGGUGGAGAUCCUAAUAAAGUUACAAUUUUCGGGGAAUCAGCAGGCUCUAUGUCAGUUUCAGCUCACCUUGUUAGUCCACAAUCGAAAGGAUUGUUCACAAAUGCCAUUAUGCAAAGUGGUUCAAUCUAUGACUUGGAUCGAUGGACUCAGCCAGGCUUAGUCGCAAACUUUACUAGCAAGAUUGGCUGUAUAUCUGACAACUAUAAAUCAUGUUUAUCAAAUUAUCGAUUUGGACAAUUCCCUGAAGCUGACAGGUUGACAUUCUGGCCAACAGUUGACGGCGAAUUCCUUCCUCACCGUGCAGAAGAACUGGUUUCUAACCACACAGUUGAUCCUAAUAUCAAUGUUUUAUUGGGUACUAAUGCUAAUGAAGGUGCUUUCAUGUUGUUGAUGAAAGACAUGGUUACUUUUCAUCCAUUGAAUCCAAUUAACUUGACUAUUCCUCACGCUAAGUACAUUUUUGGCAAACUUUUCGGUAAAACAUUGAUCGAUUUCUACUCAGAACGAUACUUAGCUUCCUUGUCAGCUGAUGACUCUGAUUCCAUUAGGCUAGCUGUCACCCAAGCUCUUGGUGACUCAAUUUUUACUUGUCCGACUUAUGCAACUGGUCGAGAUUUGAUCGCUAGUGGCGUUCCAAAUGUUUAUGGUUAUGUUCAAACACAGAAGCCAACCCAUACUCUUAUUUCAGUCUCUGGUCAAGCUAAAUGGAUGUCUAAUAUUGCUUCUCACGCUGACACUUUCCCCAUGGUCUUUGGUCACCCAUUUAACAAACUUGAUAAAUUCAAAAAUGAAGAUGUUGUUUUGUCAUUUCUCAUGAUGGAUAUUUGGACAAAAUUUGCCAAAGAUGGUAAGCCGCCACAAAUCUCUCAUCAAGAAUGGUUGCCCUGGAACCUAAGCGAUCCUAUUCCUUACCCCACUAUGGUUCUUAACUCCAACAAAAUUGGUUUGAUUGAAACUAAAUCUGCUGAAUUUUGUGCUAAAAAUUGGCCUUUCCCACUCGAAAAUUAUUACAGUAUGGAUUCUGAGUCAGGAGUCUAUGCCGAGAUCGAGUAAGAUCUUUAAUGAUUUUUCUGGUGAAUGAUCGUUACUUUCGAACAACUUUCACGAUUUAAUUUCUUAACAAUUAUCAAUCAUGGGCUUCUUAAAGACUCAUUCUCUUUGAAUGGUAUCAAUUUAUCUGGCAUUUGAUCUCUAACUGAUGGACUCAGCCGGGCUUGACGUUGGGCAUCUAACGACUAUAAAUCAUGUUUAUCAAUUUGUCAAUUCCUUGCCAGUCCUUGAAGCUGAUGGAUUAACAUUCAUGACUCUAACCAUUGAAUUUCGCAUUUGCCUAAAAUAUAAUUUAAAUAUUCCAAUUUUUUUGUUAAUUUUUUAAUAAACUAUUAAAACAAUAAUACAAAA